CAUGAAGAGGAGACCGCUGACUGCGGUAAAGCUCGCCGGCUCUUCGAAAAUCCGGCCCGCACACGACAUUCACGUGCGCGACAGCUCAAGACAUUACGUCGCCAUGUACCUGGGGAUCAGAAAGGGGAAAUUAAAGACGGUAAGCCCCGCUCCCUCAGAUUCACUUGGAAUAUGAGAACCACCAGCUCCAUGGAGCCCUGCGACAUCAUGAGGGAGAUCCGCAAGGUGCUCGACGCCAACAACUGCGACUACGAACAGCAAGAGAGUUUCCUGCUCCUCUGCGUCCAUGGCGACGGGCGGGCCGAGAACCUGGUCCAGUGGGAGAUGGAGGUCUGCAGGCUCCCCCGUCUCUCCCUGAACGGCGUCCGCUUCAAAAGGAUAUCCGGGUCGUCCAUCGCUUUCAAGAACAUUGCUUCCAAAAUAGCCAACGACUUAAAUCUAUGAACAAAAGGACUUAAAAGAUAAGUAAAAAAAAAAA